AUGCGGAUCCCUCACGUCGAGAACUACCCUUCCAAAGUUCAGCUCAGUAGGAUCUCCCACGUCUACUUUGAACAUGCGGACCUGGAGAAGUUUUCCGAGUUCGCACACGACUUUGGAUUUGUCGAGGCCGAGAGGCGUGGCGAUGUGAUCUACUUUCGUGGCUACGGCCGGGAUCCGUACUGCUACGUUGCCAAGAAGAGCGCCGAUGGGAAACCUAAAUUUGGCGGAGGAGCGUUCGUGGCAGCGUCCGAGGAGGAGUUCAAUAAGGCAGCAAAGAUACCCGGGGCAUCGCCACCCAAACCUCUCGAGGGCCCCGGAGGCGGCCAGGUCAUUACUUUUGCCCGACCCAACGGGACUUUCAUGCACGUCAUUUACGGACAGGAGGACCGGCAGGUUGACACCAAGCACAUACCGACCGAGACUCACGAUCACCAGGGGCCUUUCAACACGCCCUUUGAGAAGCCGAGGCUAGCGAGACAAAAAGGCCAGUUCCAGCGCUACCACCCGGGCCCGGCCCUCAUCCACAAGGUCGGCCACUACGGCUACGUCUGCAAGGAGUUUGACGCCGAGUUCGACUUUUACACGUCCAACUUCAACCUUGUGCCCUCGGACGUCCUCUACCACCCGCAGAUCCACGACAUGGACGUGCUGGCCUUCAUCCGCCUCGACCUGGGCAAGGAGUACUCGGACCACCACACCUUCUUCAUGCAGCGCGCGCCGCCCGAGGUCGAGCAGACGUACGUGCACCACACGUCGUACGAGAUCAGCGACUUUGACACGCAGCUCCUCGGGCACGAGUGGCUGGCCAAGAAGGGGUGGCGCGCCGUCUGGGGCGUCGGGAGGCACGUCUUGGGCAGCCAGAUCUUUGACUACUGGGCGGACCCGAGCGGCUUCAAGAUUGAGCACUAUGCCGACGGCGACGUGGUCAACGUGGACAUCAAGACGAGGCGGGAUGUGGCCGGUCCCAUCUCGGUCUGGGGUCCGGAGCUGCCCAAGGAUUUUGGGGAUGACUUGACCAAGGAGCAGCGGCAGUAG